AGGGGGAGGGGUUUUGCCAGCGACUGCUGUUCUUCCUUCUUCGUCUUCGCUCCCUCCGCCCCUCUAUAGAGUUUUAUAACUUGCAGGGGUUUCCGCGUCCUGUGACUCCAGUCAGGUGGUUCCCUCCCCCCCUCCCCCGGUCCUCAGUGUCUGUCUGUAAAAAGAGUUACCUUCACGCCGAAGGGCAGGGGCUGGAUAAAGAAAGUUCCUAGAGCUGCUGCGGCAUCACGGGGGUGGUAGUGAAGGUAGGAGGUGGUUACCUUCUGUUUCUCGUCCCUGCCUGGUCUGGCUCCUCCGAGUGCUGGGAAGUUACGAAGAGAAAGCAGCAAGGCAGCGCGAGAAUGGCUGGAGGGGAGAGAGGUGGCGGCAGCGGGCUGUCUGAAAGUCGGGAGCAUCUGUUCAAGGUACUAGUCAUCGGUGAGCUGGGCGUUGGCAAAACGAGUAUAAUCAAGCGCUACGUCCACCAGCUCUUCUCUCAGAAUUACCGGGCUACCAUCGGCGUGGACUUCGCCUUGAAAGUGCUCAACUGGGAUAGCAGGACCCUGGUGAGGCUCCAGCUGUGGGACAUCGCAGGUCAAGAACGUUUUGGCAAUAUGACCAGAGUGUACUAUAAAGAAGCUGUAGGUGCUUUUGUAGUCUUUGAUGUCACAAGAGGCUCGACACUUGAGGCAGUUUCCAAGUGGAAGCAUGACUUGGACAGCAAAGUGCUUCUCCCAAAUGGUAGCCCAAUCCCUGCAGUUCUGCUUGCCAACAAAUGUGACCAGAAAAAAGAUGGUGGCCAAAAUCCUUCUCAGAUGGACCAGUUCUGCAAAGAUGGAGGUUUUGCUGGGUGGUUUGAAACCUCUGCAAAGGAUAAUAUCAGCAUAGAUGAAGCUGCUCGGUUCUUGGUGGAAAACAUACUUGCAAAUCUCAAAACCUUUCCUAGUGAAGAGAACAAUGUUGGGAGACUAAAACUGGACCCAGAUCCUCUGAAAGCAGAAAGUAAAUCACAAUGCUGUUAGUGUGUCAGUGCAGGGUUAAACAUAAUUAUGUGAGAAUAGCAAGAAUCUUGUUCCUUGUAUUGGACUGCUGCUAUGGUGCUUCAUCACAAUGAUCCUAAUGGGGUAUUGUUUUCUUCGGGUUGGUCACACUCUUGACGUUUACACACUUUUUCCUUGUCAGGUAGGAGUUUAAUUACCUUGUAAUUAAUUACCAUUGUCUGGCUGUGAACCAUUUAGCAUAGUCGAAAGCUGCCAUCCAAUACAAGGUAGUAUUUACCCUACAAGGCAAGGGUCGGUAUAAUGGAUUCAGUCCCAAUAUUUAUCUUUCACAGUGCAGUUUUAGAAUAAAAAUGUCUGUCUGAAUGGAAGUGUUCCUUUUGAUAAGUGCUAUUUUCUUCUGCUUAUGCCCCUUUAAUACACAUAAUGUCCUAUAAGCUGUCUUCUAUUUGUUUGCUUUUAAUGUCUCUUCCAUGUCUGUUCAGCACCGUAUUCAGAAUCAUAUUCAACGCCCCCUAAACAAAGUCCUCUGGUACACUUGGCAGCCAAUAACACUUCAUUUCUGAAUAACAUAAGACUAAUAUUAAGCAAUGGUAAGCUUACACUAAGAGUUCAUUGCUUGAAAAGUAAGGCUAGAAAGAUUAUGUUGUCCAAUGGGAGUGAUAAGGUACUAUCCCAUCUGACAAAUAAGUAGCAAUCUGCUUCUGACUCUGUUCUUCUGAUAAUGCAAACAAACAUUCUAGUACAUUUGGAUAUAUUACUGCUGUGCACAGUUAAAGUUUAAGGACAAGUUCUCUUGUACGAACACAAUCCUUUUGAAAAGUUCUUAUGAUAUCUGACAGGUUGAAAAUGAAUAAUGGCCUUGACUAAAUUGUCUCAGAAUGUUUUUAUGAAACCAGAUUGCAACACAGCACUGUCUGCUUCUUGAUCUGUAACUUAUAGGUGGUGGCACUAGAGUCUUCUUUAAUAUGCCACUUUAAUAGUAUCUGUAUUUUGCCACUUUUACUGUUUAACACAAGGAGUCGCACUUGAUACAAAUCUCACACGAGGACAACUUGCAAAUGUAGAAUGUAUUCUUGGUUUUAUAACUUUUCUAACAGCUAAGGUUGUCCAAAAAAAGAAAAAAGAUGAUGUAUCUGUAUUUGUGAAGAAACUGUUUUUCUGAUGGUGUCUGUGAAAUUAUGGGGGAGUGACUUUUGCCCAAUACUUUAUUUCAUUGCAUGUUCCAGUCUUAAAAUUGGUGAAUCCUGUUCUGGUCUCUGCACGUUAUAUCAAUAUGACAGUGUGCCAGCUACUAUAGAUCCUGAAAUACGUUUGGCCUAACAUUCCUUCAGGCCCAGACAGAGUCACAAAUCCAUUUUAUGUGCCCAAAGCUGAUUUGCUAGGAUUUAAAUGCCAUACAAAUAUUUUUAUAAUACAUACGCAUAGAUCUAGAAUUUUUAUAAGGUACGUUUAGGCACGUUGUCAAGAAUACAAAGAGAAUGUCUUGUGUUCUGAGACUGCUGUUCUGGGUCUGGGUCUAAUUUUGUUAAAUUCCACAAAGGUCAAAACACUUUUUAAUCCUGAAUCCCCUAACAGUUCUGGUUCCCCUUUGUUUUUCUAACACAAAUAAAACAUUUUGAAUUGUUUUUAAUGCACAUGAAGUGGUAACUCUAAAUUUAAGCAUGAGUAACUCAUGGUGGUUUUUAAAAUCAAACUAUGCUUCAUAAAGGAAAAUAAAUGUGAAUUAUGUGGAA